UUCAGCGGUGGCGCACGUUCCGGCUCGCUCCUGCCCGGCUCCGAAUUCGGCUCCCGCCCCGGCUCCGCUCCGCCCGGUCCGGCACUGCUCUGCUGUAGGCUCCUGACGGACGGGAGCGCGGACGGCCGUCGAUUCUGCGGAAGCACGCGCAGGCUAUGUGCCAGUGACCGGCGGGCGGGAGCGCAGAGAACCCGGUCAGGGGCGUCGCGGAAGCGGGUCAUCAUGCAGCCGGCUGUGGGUGGAGUGUUCUUGGCGCUGGUGGGUGUCGGCAUGGCGGCCCAGUGUGGUAGGUCAGGCGGCGGUCGGAUGGCGAACCUCUGGGGCGAUGCUCUGACCAGCCUGGACUGCACCGGCCCGGAUGGCCACCUCUACCCCAGGGAAGAAGUGGAAGCUAUCGCCAGAAGCAUGGCUCCCAAAAGGCGAGGAAGGAAGCUAUUUCACACCAAAGACCCACUAGAUAUAAGAAAAGAGCUGCUCAACCAGUAUAGCGCACUGCAGUAUGGGUAUCAUCACGCAAAACUGCUACAUAGAACUGCUCGAGAAAUCAAGUCAAACAGCACGUCCAAAACCACCACGACGACGACCAGCAGCGCUACAUCCACCACCAGCGCUACAUCAACCACGGCUGCGUCAAAGCCAAACACUAACAAGUCGGCAUCGACGGCGGGCAAGGACGAGCCCGCGUGCGCCGGCCCGCCGGCGCGGCUCUGCAAGACGCGCUACAACACGACAGCACCCAUGUAUGGCGUGUCGCUCACGUCCGGCAAGCCGGUCACCAUCGUGCAGAAGUUCCCCGACCUGCUGCAGCAGGUCAUCUUCGAGGUCUGCGAGUCGGAACAGUGUGACGUGCUGCACGGCGAGUGCGUGCAGACGUACACGCCGCACCUGUUCCUGGUGAUUCCGCUGGGACCGGUUACCUUGACGGGGCAAGAUUACGUGCUGGUCGAGUCCGGCUGCGUGUGUCGACCCAAGUAUACACUGCAGGACACGGCACUGCCGCUGGACGGCUUCAGCGGACAGUGAGGUGACGUCGUGCCGGUGACGUCAUACCGGCGCCGGCGCGCCACCGACCGGCUGUGGAGGCGGCCGUGCGGUGACGGUGAAGAGACAGGUGGCGCCGCGGCGUGUUCGUCAAUGGAAGCUGAGAGAUGUGGAAAGUUGGCUAACAUGAUGUCGCGAAGAGACUUGCAACCGGUGAUGCGCGCGUCGGAAAGUUUCGUGGGCGGGUGUCGCCGAACCCUGCUCUUGAUGGAUGUGUCUGUACAAACUGCGACGUCAGAACAGCUGGCUGCGGGACUCAGAACUCAGACAGUGGAGUACGGCAGGAUGCCGAGGAAGGAAGACUAUAGGCCCACUGAGUGGAAACAUCAGCCUCCAGUGGUGCACGGCCUGUUCAAUACUUCCAUCGUCGUUCUGUCUGAGCAUCCUGGUAGACUAUGUAGCAGCCAGGAUGUCGUGGGUAGCACCAACCCCGUAACCGUUCUGAACUGGGUCGAUUAAUACUAGUACCACCACGGCACCAAUACCAAAAGGGCGCCACUGUUGUGGAUGCCGUGACGAGAUCUAAAUGUCUCAGCCCCUAGGGCGGACAUCUGCGCUAGCACUGGCCCUAUUGCCUGACGCGGACGGCCUCAGUUGAUACCGACUCUGCCGCCGGACUGAACCACGGGGGAGAAACUGACACCGUCACGAUCCCAAAGUGUCUUCCUGUCGCCAUGGAUACGUUAACGGGAAGCCACCAGUGCGAUUAAAGUUUAAGCUUCGCAUGCGGUCCAUGCCAGUGUUUUACAUUGGUUGCUUGUCCUUCACAAAGGAGAACUUUUAAAUGCAUGAUGUCGUAGCAGAACAGACGUUUGCAGUGAAAUUGCAUGCGUACAUCUAUGUGGAUAUGCGCAUAGAUCCGUCUAUGUAUUUUGUAUUUUAUCAGACAGUCGUAUGGCUAUCAAUUGUACACAGCCGUGUUUCUUGUAUCUGAUCGCAAAUGCAUCAUCGAUUGGCAGAUUGA